AUGCAACCGAUCACCACUGCUUCCACACAAGCCACUCAGAAGGAUAAAUCCUCUGAAAAGAAAGACAACUAUAUAAUCAAGGGCCUCUUCUGGGAUCCCGCCUGUGUUAUCGCUUAA